CCCUUCCUCAGCAAUCCAAAACUGCGUGCCCUGGCGACGGCCCUGUCCCCAGGAUUCCUGAGGUUUGGUGGCACCAAGACAGAUUUUCUCAUCUUUGAUCCCAACAAGGAUUCAACUUUGGAGGAAAAAGCCCUCUGGGAACUUCAGGCCCAGCAAGGGUCUUGUGGCUCGAGCCCUGCCUUUGCUGCUGUUGAAAAGCUACUGUUGGCCCAGUGGCCCAGCCAGGAGAAGCUGAUUCUUGCAGAGCAUAACCGGAAAAAGUACAGAAACACCACCAUUACAAGAAAUACGCUGGAUAUUCUCUACAGCUUUGCAAACUGCUCGGGGUUUCACCUGAUCUUCGGGCUCAACGCCUUGCUGCGGAAAGAUGGCUUGCAGUGGGACAGCUCAAACGCCCAGGCGCUGCUGGACUACUGUGCCUCGCGGAGGUACAACAUCUCCUGGGAGCUUGGAAACGAGCCCAAUAGCUUCAGGAAGAAAUCUGGUAUCUACAUUGACGGCUUCCAGCUGGGGCAGGAUUUUAUUCACCUACGCCAACUUCUGAGUAACUAUACCCUCUACCGGCAUGCGAAGCUCUAUGGUCCCGACGUCGGGCAGCCCCGAAAGCACACGCAGAGGCUGCUGAGAAGCUUCCUGAAAUCGGGAGGGAAGGUGAUCGACUCUGUCACGUGGCACCAUUACUAUGUGAACGGACGAAGUGCAACAAGGGAGGAUUUCCUGAGCCCUGAAGUGCUGGAUACCUUUCCCACAGCUGUACAAGAAGUCCUGGAGAUUGUUGAUGGGACCGUGCCCGACAAGAAGGUCUGGCUGGGAGAGACAAGCUCUGCCUAUGGAGGGGGAGCUCCCAAGCUGUCCAACACUUAUGUUGCUGGCUUCAUGUGGUUGGACAAACUCGGGCUUUCGGCCAGGAAGGGGAUUGACGUGGUGAUGAGACAGGUUUUCUUUGGGGCAGGGAGCUACCACCUGGUGGAUGCCAACUUUGAGCCUUUGCCGGACUACUGGCUCUCGCUGCUCUACAAGAAGCUGAUGGGUACCAAGGUGCUGCAGGUCGGCCUGGAGGGAGCCGACGAGAAGAAGCUCCGCGUCUACCUCCACUGCACAAGCACCCUCCACCCAAAGUACAGAGAAGGGGACGUGACGCUGUUUGCCUUAAACCUCUACAAUGUUACCCAACAUUUGCAGCUACCGAAUUACUUAUCGAGCAAGCAUGUGGAUCAGUACCUCUUACUGCCUCAUGGCAAAGAGAAUUUACUUUCCAGGUCUAUUGAGCUGAAUGGCCGUGUGCUACGGAUGGUGGAUGACAAAAUGCUGCCAGAUCUUAUCGAAAAACCCCUUGGUCCCGGCAGCAUACUUGGCCUUCCAGCCUUCUCUUACGGCUUUUAUGUUAUCAAAAACGCCAAAGCUAUUGCUUGCAUUUGAACAGUUAAAGCACAUGUGCAGAAUAAGUGUAAAGCACUUGGCUAGUAGAGAGGGAAGUUUAAUCCUAGAAAUGCACGUUUCUACCAUGAGGUUUAAUUCUGGCAAGGGAUGCAAAUGUGGCGGCACUGGUAUGAUCUGUGGAAGACAUGAGGUCCCACCUGGGUAAUUGGUACAUGAAACAUGCUCGCUAAGCUCCCAGGAGAGUUAUCCAGGUAGAGCAAGCCCAGGCAGGGGCUGGUUUUGCUCUCGGUCCAGGCUGGGUCGCUGCGCUCGAGCACAAGGCCCUUCUCCAUGCUACAGGCAGGGCUGCAUCGGCUUCUCACGCUGCGCUUGGGGCUCUGCCAGGCGGGAACUGAAACCUCCCCUCUCACUCUCGCUUUUGCACACACAGCUCUUAAAGCAGUUCCUGCAAAAGCUUACCUCCAGAAAGGACGGGCAGGCGUUUUAUUUUAGCUGUACAGCU